AUGGCCAAGCUAACCGAUUUGCCAGCCGAACUAGUCCACAGGAUAAUAAGGCAUAUCCUCCGGCCUAACGCCAAUCUCCAGACAUACGAAUGGGAUUGCGUCCUCGUCGAUCCCGAUGACCAUCAUCUGCUGGACCACAACGAAAUCGGAGCAGUCCAGCGAAAACUAAGACCUCAUCACGAGUUGGAACAUCGUGCGCAUACUCUGCCUACUCUUCGGACGCAUCAACGCAACCACCGAACCACACUCGCUUCACAACCAAAAGUUUCAUGGCCCCAAGGUCUUCCAUCCAAUCCUCUCUUGCCGCUCUCAUUGGUCAACCGUACCUUCCAAACAUAUGCUCAGGAGAUCCUCUUCAAAAACGUGUCGCUGCUGAGUAUACGCCAGGCGAGCUUAUUCCUUCCGGCGCUUACUCGUCCACACCCAAGUGUAGACCAGCGGAACACACAUGAGGACGGCGAUGCAGAAGAGGUCCGAUCGUCUGCGAUCGACCCUUAUCCUUAUCUUAGCAGACUGGCCCGACACGUUCGUACCUUACAGCUCAGAUGCAUCAGUCCCUAUUCGAUGCAUAACGCGCUGCAGGGCGGCGGCCCUGUGCUUCGCGACAUCAUCUGGAGCUGCCCGUACCUCGAAAACAUCACGAUCAACACCAUGUUGCCGAUUGAGUGCACAGAGGCACUCCUGGACGCCCUCGCGAGUCAACGACUGAUCAAGGAGUUUGUCAUCAUCAGCAACGGCAGGCGCGGAUCUACGUUGCUCCGAUGGAACAUCCAUGACUUGCUCGGUCGAGUAUUCCCUCAAUGGGACUUCCUCGAGACGAUCGAAUUGGACGAGCUCGAGGGUCGGUCGGAGAUUGCGAAGAAGCAGAUUCAUACCGUCCCGAAGCCGAAGCUCACUUGCGCCCUCCGAACGAUGAUCUUACGCGGGCCUGAGGUAGACGAGGAUGAGCUCUCGAUGCUGGUGAACAGCUUUCGAGGCAGCAUGCGGACUCUUGAAAUCACCGGCCCGGUUUACACAAUCGGCCGGGCCGGGAUAUGUCGGAUCCUGAAAGAGUGCACGAAUCCGGAGCUAGAAUGCUUGAAACUUGACUGGCCUCACAACGAAUAUCCAAUUCUAUCCCCCCGGGAUGGCAUUGAGUCUGAUGACCCAGUCACCAGCCCAGGCCUACUGGAUAUCGUCUUCAAAUCGCCCUCCGCACUCAGGAAACUCAAGUCUUUGACGUUCACUGGCAACCUUGCAACGCCCAAGUUGUUUGAACGCUUGCCUGAUUCAAUCGUCAAACUUGCCUGGCAAAACUGCGACCUUUGUCCCACCGCGCUUGUUGAGGUACUCUCGAGCAGAAGAAAGGAGAAGAAACUGUUACCUAACCUCAAGUGUUGCUCAGUCCGAAGCCGUGACGGAUGGGAUAUGGACGAGGAACUGGUGCGAUCAGCGUUAAAAGCACGAGGGAUAUGCUUCCACAUGGAUCUUGAUUCAGAUUAUGGUGACCCGAUGUCAGAGGAUGAGAGGAGGGAAGCAGCCGAAGAGAUGGAUCCACAUCUGCUGAACCAAUUCGACGAAAACGAAUAUGAAGAUUUGGAUUUCGAUUACUACUGA